AUGACAUCAAUUCAACUACAGUGCUGCAUUCUGUUGGCCUUUUUGGCUUCUGUUCAACCUGAUUUAAUCACGCACUUCUCAUCAGAGUGGUCGUAUACUGAUACGCUGAGCUGGAAUUUAAGCUUUCCUUCAUGUUCUGGACAUCAUCAGUCUCCGGUUGACCUGAAAACCAGUAGCGCCAUCUAUAGUCCACAGAUGGGUCCCAUUGAAUUUAUCGCUGCACCCGGCUUUGAUCCGAAUAACGUGCUCUAUAAUGUACUCAACGAUGGACACACAGUUGUCAUAUUGUUCGACGAGGACCAGUGGAAUGCAGUGAUUAAUCCUGAUCGAGAUCAAUAUGAGAUUAUGCAAAUGCACUUCCACUGGGGAUCCGACAAUCUGCGCGGAUCGGAGCACUUGUUUGACGGCCGACGUUUUCCGAUGGAGACUCACAUUUUCAGCUAUAACAAAAGGCUCUACUCAUCCCGGUUAGAUGCACUUGCUGGUCCACAUGGUAUGGCAGUGUUUGGAAUAAUGCACACCCUUAACGAUCACGCACUGGAAACGGAAACUCAAUUUGGAAAAAUAGGUCAUAUCAAGGAGGCUUUGGAAAGCGUAACCUACGCCGGUCAAUCUUGGAAUAUCCCCGGCUUUAACCUCACGGACUUGCUGAGCCAGGUCAACUCAAGCGCAUAUUUUCGUUACCACGGUUCGCUAACUACACCACCGUGUACGGAAAAUGUAAUGUGGACGGUAUUUACGAAACCGGUUCCUAUCAAAUCAACCCAGCUAAACCUACUUCGAAAUCUUCGCAGUUCAUCCAACACGGAAGAGAUGCUGUAUGAUAAUUACCGGCCUUCGCAACUGAUCAAUGAUCCCCACACUCCUCUCCGAAGAAGUAUUUUUAGAUCGGUUCCAGGCUCAUCGAUUUCCAAGACCCGCGAUGUUUCAAUCACUCUGGCCAGCCUUUUGAUGGCUUUCGUAAACAAUCUAAUUUAG